GUACUUUGUAGGAAAAAAUCUUCAAAAUUUUAUAGGUUUCAUUGAAAUAAUAAAGUCAAUUGGAAAUAAUUAAAAAAAAAAAUUAUAUUCACAUAAAGUUAUCUAUGAUUUAAGUAAUUAUCAGCUUGUUUUAUUAUAUCAACCACACAAAUGAACUUGCUUCGUAUUGAUAAUAGUUUCAUAUUUGACCUUUGAAUCUUUAGUUCUAUGAACAUUCAUUCGAAUGGAUGCUCAAGAUAUAUUAUGUGUUAUCGUUAAGUUAUUACCUUUUAGUAAAAGGCACUAUAUAAAUAACAUUAGUGUUAUUUUUAGAUAGCUCAACAAAUUAAAUACAAUACUGAUAAUUUUUUGCAUAAGAAUUAUUUUUUAUCGGCGCUAAUUAAAAUUAAAUACAAAUGUAAAUAAUGCAUGGCCUAUUAUUGGUUUGACGGAACAAAAGCAAUUGACAUUCUUGUAUUUUAUGCAUAAUUUAUUUGCUUAUUAGUUAUGAAUUCAAAACAAAUUAAGGGGAAAAAAUUUUCCAUGAAUCUUUAAUGUAACAAUGAGUGUUAGUACGAUGAUCUAGGUAUUUUCUUUAAUAAUUUUUAUUUUUGAGGUAUUUCACUGAAAAAUAAGAUUUUAUAAAAUGCUUUAAGAUGCUAUUAUUGCUGUUCAAAUAUUUCAUGUCUCUAUAACAAUUAAUUAUUUUUGAGCUUUUGCAUCCAUCAUUGGGUUGAAUAUUUGCACGAGAUGUUUGAACGUGCGGCUUCGCAUGUUCUAAUUAGGGUGAAAUUUUUUUCUCGGGUCUUACUUUUACAGUAUUAUUGUUGAACGUCAUUGUGUCGAUGUGCCAUUAUUGGUGGUAUCGCUAAUUAUUGGUGUUGCUAACAUUAUUGUAUUUGUGAAAGUAUUAAUGAUUAUGUAUUUAUUUUGAAUUUUCUGUUUGCUAGAAUUUCCAGGACUCUAUAUAAGUGUAACAAAUUAACAUUUUAGCGGUCCGUAAACUGCAGCAGCGCCUGCCCGCCAUCGAUGCGUGGCCUCUAUGUACUUUAAGGUCUCCGCACACAUAUUACUAUAUAUGUGUAUAUAGGGUGUUUGAUCGUGUGUUGUUUGUGCUCACAUACAUCCGAUAUGUGGUAUCCUCGACGGAUAUGUCCCUCUAUUAAUACUCGUAAAACUUGUAUUACGCGUAUCUAAAAAAAUUAUAUUACAUUAAUGUUUACAAUAUCAUGAUUAUACACCAUAGUUUACAUUAUUUACCCUCUUUUUCUGUGUAUUAUAAGAUCGUCAAUAAAAUGUGUUCGCCGCUGUUGUUUUUGUUCGCUUAUAGGUACCAAAGUCCACGUAGAUCGCCCUCAGUCAUCACCACAACAGCCACCAACAUGUUAACCGAAUGUUGCGACGUCAUGGUGGCGCACAGCCCGCCGAUCUACAGCGGACCGCAACAAGAUCAGCUGUCCGUACUCUACCAGAACUUUCGGUUGGUCGUGAACCAGAAGCAACAAUCGCCGUUGUCGGUGCGCCGAUCGUCCUUUUCGCCAACUCGGUCGGACGACAGACAGUUGAUGGUGGCCAAUUUGCCAAACUCCAGCAAGCCCCGCAGACCAUGUCUCGUGAUUAGGGCCGAUUCAGAGGGUAGCAUAGGAUCGUCGUCGGGUUCGUCAUCAGACGAGAACGAGCCGUCCAGUCCGAUCCGAAGAAAGAAGAAAGUCGUCUUCGCUGACGACCGAGGCCUAUCGCUGACUCAAGUGCGAUUGAUGAACGAACCGUCGAACCAGCCACCGAAACUGAUGACCACCAAACCGUACUUUCAGAACCUGACCCAAUCGGGCGCGUCAUCGUCGUCAUCGUUCCUCCAAGCGGACGCCGCCGGGGGUAAGUGCUCCAGGUCGUCGGCCGCGGCGGCCGCCGAUCAGUUACCGCCGCAGUGGAACCUCAGAUUCUCGCAGCCGGCUUCCAGCUACGUGGACUUCCGGAAACGGUUGGACACGGACAACGUGUCGCUGGAGAACGUGAUCGUCCGGUCGCCGGACCGGAGGAUCGUGGGCACGGUCAAGGUGCGCAACCUGUCCUACGACAAGGACGUGUUCAUCAGGUCCACGCACGACCGGUGGGCCGAUCACGCGGACACGCCGUGCAUGUACGUGCAGAACAACGCCAUGUCGACCGCGGCCACCGGUCCCGCGCCCAACGUCGCGGCCAUCUACGACACGUUCUCGUUCCAGUUGCCGCUGCCCGUCCACGCCGCGUCCAUGGAGUUCGCCGUGUGCUACAGGAGUUCGGAUUUCGAGUGUUGGGACAACAACGACGGCCUCAACUAUUGCGUGUCCGUGGGCAGCCCGUCCAACGGGGCCCCGCUGCCGCCGCAACAGCUGCAGUCCACGCUGUCGCCCGUCCUGGUCGCCGACUUCGAUCACCACGCGAAGCAGCCCGUCCACUACUUCGGCGCCCAGUCCAGGCAGAACUCGUGGUCCGGUUGGCGCGACCAGAAAACCGACGUUUUCGCGUACUGGUGAACGUUCCAUCCGCCGCCGCCCCCGUCAGCCAUAGUCCGCCAGUCUAAAAUAUUGUGGGAAUUUUUUUUUAAUUUCGAAAAAAAUCUGCAACUUUGACAAAGUUAAGCAGUGAGAACUGUUCGUUGUCCACCCAAAAUAUCAUUAUUAGUCGACGUGCAUGACCGCGUGUAAAUAACAGAUUAAUGUUAAACAAAACGAAAUGUAUACGUUUGUUUUUAUACAAUUUUUGAAUUUUUAUAUAGGUACCUCUAUUUAUUGUUUUAAUUUAAGUAUAUUCGAAAAAAUUUUAUUUCAUCACAUUAUUUUAAAAAAAGAAUAUUAUAUCAACGAACUGACAUUUUUUUAUAUAAUAAUAAAAAAAAAAAUAAUAUAAACAGUUAUAAAUCAAAUACUGUAAUCUAGUGAAAUCGUUGAUUUGAUAUUUUAACUUUUUUUCCUGUUUUAAUGUAUUGAAGUAUAAAAAGAGGAAAUAUUAAUCUUAAAACUAAUGUAUUCUUAUUCUUAUUCUUAUUAUUAUUAUUAUUAUAAACAUAAAUUAUUAUAUACACAUUUUUUACGUUUUAUGAAUUUUAUUUGUGUUGAAUAUCAUUGUAUUUUUUGUUUUUUAAUAGAAAGUGAUAUUGUGUAAAUUAAAGACUAAAUGGCCAUCUCAUAUAAGACUGAUAUGUACAUAUAUUAUAAUAUUCGUAUUUUACUUUUUUUGUUGUCGUAAGACCCGAAACGUCUGUUUAUUAUUUUGUACAAUUUAUUUAUUAUUUAUUUUUAUUACUACUAUUAUUUUUACUUUUAUUUAUUAUUACCCACUAUUAUUGUGUUCUCUUAAAUAAUUUAUCAACCCCCAUUUUAAGUUAAAAAUAAUCCUAUGAAUCGUGUGUUAUCCGUGUUUGCGGAACUACCCUUCUUCAAAUACACUGUAAUAUUUUUUUUGAGAUGGCCAAAACCAAUAUUUUAAUUUAAAUAAUUGAAUUGUUUUAAAAAAACUCGGUUUAUUUUUAUUUCAUGAAAAAUUGUUUAAAUCUCACCUUUACCAUUGUUCUGCCCCCCAGUCCUUCCAUAAUUCACGCAAUAAAUAUACAACUUGUAACCACUCGUUAUAUAUUUGUCCAUACACUUAUAUUUAUAGCAUUUAGUUAUUAUUAUUAUUUUUUACAAUAUUUAUGUUUAAAUUAACAUUUGUUGUACAGAUAUACAGCGCAUUAUACCUAAUAAUAACGGCUCAUAACGCAGCAGUGCAUAAUAUAUGGCUCAUUAUACGCGGAAGUCCUGUUUAUUAUUACUCAUACGAACCGCAUAUUAUAAUCACUAUUGUUAUUAUUCCCUUAAAACAAGAUAACGAUGUCUAGUCGUUUUCGAUCGCGUGUAAAUAUCGUCUCAUCAGAGUUAAAAUAAAAACAAAAAUAUAAGUAGAAAAGAAAACUAGUCAUUAGCUUAUAAUGCUCGAUUAGAAACGCGUUCCGUUCGUAUGCGAACCGUAAGUCCGUUUCACGUGGACGCGUGUCGUACGCGUGCGUUUUUAGUUAACAUUGAUCAAGUUCAUACAUGUCGGCGAGCAAAACGCGCCGCCCUCGGAGUAUGAACUUAGUGUAAACUAAAAACGCGCGCGUACGAUACGCGUCCGUAUGUGUGAAACGGGCCUUACAUUCUGAAGGACGCAUUGCUGCUUUAUGUUCCUGUUGUAAACCGAAAUAUUAAUUAUGUAUUGAUAAACGUUUUAUUAUUUUUUGUACAAUACAAUAUAAAAUGUGAAAAUCAUAUUGGUUUAGUCUUUAUCGAAUUUAAUUUUACAUCAAUAUUGUUUAAUCUCGAAUAAAAUAUAAUGUAUAUUAUAUUAUAUUGAUAAUCAUUGUUAAAUAUAUCAUAUUAUCAUAUCCAUGUAGUAUAUUAUUAUUUAGCGUAGAGUAGAACUCAUUAGUCAAAAUAUGUUUCUAUAAGUAGCUUAAGGACUGUGUAAAUAUCAUAUUAAUGUAAUAUCAGAUAGUAAUAAAUAACUAACAUUAUACUGGUAAAAUAUUGUAUAUCAUUGUAAAAAAAAUUCAUAAUCAUUGUAAUUUCUAACUAUUGUGAUUUAUAUAUUAUUUAUUAUCAUCGGCAUUGUAAGAUUAUCUCUAUAUUAUUAUUAUUAUUAUUACUUGUUAUUAAAUAUUUAUUUUAGUUUAGUUUAUUAUAUAAGAUGUGAAUGAGUCGAUACGCUAAUCGAUUUUUAAACGCCGAUUAAUGUACAACAUCCAUUUUUAUGUAUUGUGCAAAGUAAAUUGUAAAAAUAAACAGUGUUAUUUUUGGAUAUAA